AAAUCCUGAAACUGUCAACAACAGAAAUUCAAAUGGUGUUACGGUUCUUAUGGCUGCCUGUGAACGAGGCAAUAAAAAGUUAAUAACCUUAUUGAUAGAAUCUGGUGCUGAUCUCAACAUCAGCGACGAAGACAAGAAGUGGACAGCAUUGCAUUAUGCAGUGGAGAAAAAAGGUUGGACAGCUGUCCAUCUUGCCUGUAAAUAUGGACAAAUAAACAUUGUUGAACUUCUCCUGCAACAGAAUGGCUCUGACAUCUGUGCUGUGACCAAGCAUGGUUCCACCCUUCUCCAUAUUGCCUCUGCUCAUGGACGCAUGGAAGUUGUUGAUUUUCUGCUGCAACAGAAUGGCAUAGAUGCCAAUAAGGUCAACAAAGAGGGUGACACCCCUCUACAUUGGGCAGUUCAAAAUCAACACUAUCAUAUGGUGGCUUCAAUGCUGGCCCAGGAUUCAGUGAAACUGGAUAUUGAGAACAAUGAUAAAAGAACACCCUUACUGGACGCCGUGUCUGAAGCGCACAUCGGAAUAGUCCACAAACUUACCACGUGCGGUGCAAACAUGAAUGCCGUCGACAAGGAUGGCAAUAAUUGUUUGCAUAUUGCAGCAGAGAAAGAGGAAUUUCGUUCUGAGAAGGAACAUAUUACCAUUUUAGAUGAGUGCUGUGCUAAGCUUGGGUUGCCGAUCGAAAAGAGGCUCUCUUGUGUUGGAGUCACUUGCUAUCUAGCCCACCAGGGGGCCAACUUGUACAGGAAAAAUAAUAAGAAUGUAGCUCCAUUGGACCUCAUUGAGGAUGCAGAUUUGAAAGAAAAAUUUAAAGUAUUAUUCCCCCCACCACAGUAAGUAUUCAUUGGCAGUGACAGUUUAUUUUCUAUUUUGUAUAUAAUCAUGUUUAUGUUUGUUUAAUUUUAAUUCUACCAAUACAUUAUACUGCCAUAGUGUCUUGAUCAAAGGCCACACAACAAUAGUAUGAAGAACAAUAAA